AUGCCACUUGAAAGACUAGUCCAUUCACAGCUUAAUACCUUCCUGGAGCAAAAAACCUCCUCAAUCCCUUCCAGUCCAGUUUCCAAUCACUGUAACAUAAUCACUGGUGCUCGCAAUAGUGAUGAAUCUCUGGAUCUGUAUAAUGAGUUUAUUGCCUUAUUUGGAGCAGAUGCAUCCAAGAAGUUGAAGGAGCUUUACCAAUUUGUUACGGGCCGUAUACCUUUACUCCUCCAGCAUCUCUUCAUUUCGGUGGUAUUUAGGAGGCAGCUGUUAAAUCUGCUAAGAGACACCGUCUUGCCGUUCUCCAGGAUCAAGCGUUGA